UUUCCUCUUUGGUAAUAUGAUGGAAUUUUUAAGUAGUGCUUAAUUAAAACAUCUGACGUUUUGCAUUACAAUAGAUACAUAACACAUAGUUAUCUGAAACUUUCUGUGGGUAAACUUUGCAAUAUAAGAAAGUUUGAAUAUAACUUUUUUUAAAGUCUGUAAAUAUACCGGUCAGCUAAAUAUGAUUACUUGAUAUAGAUACAUCAGAUGAUAUGUUCGUAAAAGUAAUAAUCCUUUCUCACUUGUGAAGCAUAUCCUGGAAAAAAAACAACACUGUGCCUAUAAUGUUAAGAAAUUUGGCAAUACAUUCUAUUUAAAAAAUUUAGAGAGAUGUUCAAUAUGAACAAACUAUUUCUCAAUAUAUUCAUUAAACUUAUGAACACAUUGGUAAUACCAAACGCCUGGUACCUGAGUGUCGAUUGACCGUUCACCCUAUAAGUGUUCAAUUAUGUAUUUCCUGUAUUUUAUAUGUGAACCUUAGUAGGUUUCAUCUGUAGUUUUACUUGUCAUUGUUGUGUAAAUGAUACGCUGAACGGAUAAAAAUGAGUGUUACAGGGAUACUUAAGCUUACGAUAGUAAUUGCCAACAUAAUGUGUGGAAUUUCAACAGGAGAUGCCAGAGCACCAGUUGAUAGUUUAUCUAGCAAGCAUUUAGCACAAACUGAUAUAUUCACAGAUUUAUCUAAUACUUCUUUUUUCGACAACGAUCGUUUUCAUUCUCGGAAAAGUCAGUAUUACGACCCUGUUUUAAAGAAUCACUCGGAUCUCAAAGAUUAUUUAAACGGGAUGAUUGAAAAAGUGAAUGAAGACGAUGACACUGAAAAGGUCCCUGCACGUCAGAAGAGAUCGCCUUUGAAGAAUUGUACGGGAUUAUGUGAAAGGUCUCUCUGCCCAUGGACUAUGCACUGGAACGAGGAUACAGACAGAGUGCCACAGUUUAUUAGAUACGCAAAAUGCAAGACGGACUACUGCAAUUUUAGCUUUGCUAAAUUAGGGUUUUUUGCAGCGUUUAAGCUUGGAAUUAAUACAGUCUGUGAAAUCGUUACAACAGAUAUUUUUUCAACGAAAGAAGGAAAAGUACACUGGAUAACAGGAUGGCCGAUUGCAUGUAUUUGUGCGAAAACCUGGAGUCAUGAGCAAUUCUUCAGCGGUUCGCAUGGUACACCCCCGGAAAUGACGCCACAUCUUGAAAGUGACAUCCUUCAUCAAAGUAAUGAUAGUCAAACUGACGAAUAUAAUGUCUAUUACGACUAUUACGAGGAAGAGACUCCAGAUAUCUACCUUGGAGAGGAUGACCCUUCGCUAACCAAUGCACAGCGGGAAAGUCUUCUGUGGCAAGAAAGACUGAAGAAGCAACAUUCUGAAACAUUUGAAGAAGUAAUGAAAAAGCAGAGGAACAGAACUUUAACACUAGAGUAGAUUUUCUGUUGAAUGCCUUUCCUUUUCACAGCAAUUCAAUAUUUGCAGGGUCUGUAUUUACUAAGAUAUACUAUUUACAUAAUACUAUAUUUGAAUACAGUUUACGACAACACAUAUAUAUACGAGAGUAAUUUUUGUGCAAUUUCCCGAUUAUCAUGAUUCCCAGGGCAGCGCAUUUUGUACAAAUUACUGGUUAAUGACUCUUCCUCCUUGGUGAUGCAUUACAGCGGUGGAGUUGUACUUUCCAGUCAAUACUUAAUUUUGCGCAUGUUUAAAUUUUAUAUCAUGAUUUUAUAUGUUUUCCUUAUUAUACAUGACUUUUCUUUGUUCUUAGUUUUUCUUUGUAAGUAUAUAUCAUUUGUGUAUCUAAAUAAGCUCUUAUUCACACCGAAGCUGUGCACGAUACCGUAGGUAUUUUUCAAUGGGUUUCAAUUUCAUAAAAUAGCGUAGCUAUCUUUAUUGUCACAUCACUUGAAUUAAAAGAAGAAGACAAUUUCUAAUACAGUUGUGAUACGGUUUUUGGUACAUUUUAAAUGGAUAAACAGGUGUAAAUAUGACAAAUUUUUAAACUAAAUUAAUUCUAAUAUUAUAGCAACGAUAUUUUUCAUUCAUAGUUAAAUAAUACAUACUUUGACAUCAAAGAGCGGAGGCAUGGUCUAGGGGUAACACUGUCUGACUACGAAACCAGGGGUCGUGAGUUCGAGCACCUGCUCCUUUAACUAAAAAUUACUAAUAUUUGGAUAAGGGUCCCGUGUAUAGGUCCUAACACCUGACACGCUAACGAACCAGGGGAGCUUCUGGAAUUGGAGCGUCUUCUGUACCUUGCACUGUCCUCCAACUGACAUUACUAACAGUCUUUUGGAGGAGUCGCCCAUAUGCACAAUAACCGAUCUAUAUCUACGUAUAACUGGUUCUGUUAACACCUAAAUAUCUCUAUAAAGACCAUUUUCAAAAUAAUCAGAGUGAAAUCAUUAUAAUUUCGUGUUGAGAUUCUUGAUCUAACGACUUGUUAUGAAAAUAUAUCCGGAUUAUCCUUUUAGCGUAUUUUAGUAACUGAUUUUGCCACAAAAACUGUUUUGUUUCUUAUUAAAUGACUGGCAGUGUUUACAGAUGA